AUGAGCUAAAAACAUAAAGAAAGUGUUUCAAUUAGUGAAAAUUUUGACAUAGAAAGCGAAGAAAUAAAGGUAGAUCAAGACGAAAUAGAACGAAAAUAAUCAAUUUCAUAAUAAAGCAAUCCUGCAUAAUAAUUAGACUCACAAAACACCUUAACCACAAUUAAAGAAGAAUAUAAUUAGUAAUUUAACCAUAUUGUUGAAGAAAUAAAGCAAGAGUUUUGGGAAUUAUAAGUGCUUCAUAAUGUGAAAAAAAGAAAGUUGUAUAUUAAUGAUAAAGGCUUGUAUAAGGGAGUAUAAAUGAAGUCCUCGGAGUUCAAAGAGUUAGUUUAAAUGAUUGUUCCUUUAGGAAACUACUUUAAUUAUAUUGAAUUAGAUUUCAAAGAUAAUAUUAAUUUAAAUGACGACUCUAUGUGCUAAUUUUCAAGUCUGCUAGAAUUAAAUAAAAGUAUUAAGCACUUAGAAAUAAACUUUAAGAAUAACAAAGUAUUCACUGAGUAGACUUUCACCAAUUUAAUAAUAGCUCUGGAAAAUUGCACUGAAAUUGAAACUCUUGUUCUGUUGUUCACAGAAAAUGAAAAAUUUAGUGAAAACAAUUUGCAAAGAUUAGGAUAAAUGUUAAAAAAAUUAAUAAGACUUGUUAAUCUAGAAUUAGAGUUUGGGUAUGGCUCAUUAAGUGAAUAAAAGAGAUAACAAUUUUGCAAGAUUCUUCAAAAGGAAAAGCCUAUCCCAAACUUAAAAUUUAAAUUUGGGUUUUUCCAGGUAAAUUCAUAUUAAGAGCUCCUUAAAAAAGAAUGUAGCAUAUUUUGA